AUGCUUCAACGUCUUGUGUCCAAGCAAAAUCCGAUGUCUCGAUACUCUUCUUUCUGUAUUAAAUGGCAGGUUAGCCUCAAUACACGUCGCUCCAGUGUCGCGGCCUUCAAUGAAUUUCUCUCUUGUAUACGUUUGAAUGUACAAAAGUUACGUCUACCUGCUAACGUUCACGUACUUUUGGGUAAUGAAGCGGCCGACGCCGACUCUAUCGUCAGUUCCUUGACCUAUGCUUUUAUCCACACUCAACUGCAGCCAGAGACACUCUGCGUGCCUGUAAUACCCAUAUACCGAAACGAACUGAUACUACGUUGUGACGUCACCGCCCUAUUCCAGACGCUGGAGGUUAACACUGAUGCUCUCGUGUUUGUGGAUGAAUUUCCAUGGGACAUUAUCAAAUCCAAAGUGAAGGUUACAUUACUGGAUCAUAAUGCAUUGAGUAACAAGAAGAUUCCAGCACUUAAAGGAAUGCAGGUCGUGGAGAUCAUAGAUCAUCACUGUGAUCUGGGCCAGCAUAUAGACGCGGAAAAGAGAGAGAUAGCCUUUGCUGAUGGUAAUGCUCUUGUCGCUAGUACAUGUACAUUAGUGGCAGAAAGAUUGAAGGAGGUUGUAUACCAUAAUGCACACAGGAUGCUGUCGACGAUGUUGCUUGGGGUGAUUGCAUUAGAUAGCAUCAAUUUUGAUCCAGGUGCCAAGAAAGUGACACCACGAGAUGUGAAAGCGGCUCAGAAUUUGGAAGAAACGGCGUUUGCAAAGAAAGAGGAGCUAUUCAAGUGGCUGCAACAAGAAAAGUUUAACCCUGUGCAUUGGGACUCAUUCACCCUUGAGAAUUGUCUGCAGGUGGAUUACAAGGAGUUUACAUUUGCAAAGAAGGUGGGCAUUAGCGUGGUGCUGGUUGAUUUGGUUGCAUUUGUUUUCAAAUUAAAAGAUGCGACUGCAUUACGCAAGAAACUGGUCGUGUACUGCAAACAGAAUGAUCUGGCGUUUUUGGUGGUGAUGACCAUGUUCAGGACGUCUCACGGAAAACGCCAUCGCCAGUUGUUAUUUUUUCAGGAGAUCGGAGACGAUGCUCAGCACUGUGUGGCAUUUUUAAAAGAGGAAGGUUCGCUACUGUUGGAUCCCUUCCAGCUACCUGAGACUCAUCGGAAUGAGCACAUGAUCGCUUUCAAUCAGCUUAACACAGGUGCUUCAAGAAAACAGGUCGCACCGCUAGUUCAGCGCGCGCUUGCCGAGCUAUCGUAA